ACUAGUCGAUAGGCCGUUAAAUUUGGAACGAUAUCGGCAGCGUAUGAUUUGCAAGUUGCAAAAUGUCCGAAAAACGUAAGCGUUCGGCAGUGUGGGAAAGUUUCCACUUCUCUCCAAAGAAGUCUCAUGUGAUUUGUAAUUUGUGUGAUGCUAAAAUUGUGUAUGGUCGUUCAACAAGUUCAAUGAACAAACAUUUAAUAGGUGUUCAUAAGCGUGAAAGUGGCAACACAGGUAAAGAACAAAAACAAACACAAAAUAAAGAUCUUGAAGCUGCAUCUACGAGUUCCAAUUCCCAAGCUCGCAUAACAGACUGUUUUAAAAGGAGAACCAUAUUUCCCCAAUCUCGCCAAGUCAAGAUAACCAAUUUAAUUACUAAUGUAGUAUCGGAAAAUGCGUUACCCCUACACUUUACGGAGAGUGCAUCUUUUAAGAAACUUAUGAAUUACCUAGAGCCAGAUUAUAGAGUGCCUUGUUACGAAACUAUAGUCCAAAAUUUGAAACGCGAUGAAAAGGAAAUUAAAGAUAUGGUCAUAGCCGAACUGAAAGAAGCUACACAUGUUUCAUUAACCACUGAUGCUUGGACAUCGAACAGCAAUGCAUCAUAUUUAGCGCUAACUGCAUCGUACUUAACUACUCAAUGGGCAAUUAGAUCCCCAGUUUUAGAUACAAUUUUCUUGGAGGAGAGGCAUACCGGUGACUAUUUGGCAUCUGAAAUUAAAAGUUCCAUUUUAAACUGGCAUAUUUACGAAAAAAUUGUGGCUAUUGUUCACGAUAACGGCUCUAAUAUUCGUCAUGUUGCCUCCUUGAGAAAUGACCAGUGGGUAGAUGUACCCUGCGCUGCACAUACCCUCCAACUGUGUGUUAACGCAGCUACCGGAUUGAAUACUGCAGAUUCUACAAAUCCUGUUGCCAAGUGUAUACAUGCACUAGCAGAUUAGUGGGACAUUUCAAUCACAGUGUUUUGGCAACAAAUGAGCUAUUGAAACGACAGGAAACAAUGCUUGAAAGCACAACAAAAAACACAAUUGUUGAUGAAGAUGACCACGAAGAAAUUCAACAAAUCGAAUCAGGUGAAGAAGGAACAUCUCAACCGCAAACACCCUCUUCGAAAACAUAUAAGCAUGGACUGAAAUUAAUACAGUACUGCAAGACCAGGUGGGAUUCAGCUUUCAGUAUGCUAGAUCGAUUGAAUACUUUGCGAUGGUGUGUGUGUGCUGUUUUGAGUGACUCAAAGGUAACAAAAAGAACUGACGCAAAACAUUUAGAACUGAAGGAUGAACAGUGGAAGUUAAUUGGCGACAUCUUACCUAUCCUAAAUUUGUUGAAAAUUGCCAACA